AUGGAACCCCGGCAGGGUUUAAUGAGCUGGGAUCCACCCGGGCGGGCCUGGGGGUGUUUCCGGCCUGACGAGGGCAGGAGGAGGCCCUUCUCCUGGGAGGUGAGGGCCAACGACCGCAGCUACCACAAGCAGUUCAAGAAGAAAUUUGCCUUCUGCCUGACCAGGGAGAAAUAUUCAGGCAAUGCCAUUAAGACAGCCAAGUACAACAUCUUCACCUUCCUGCCUCUGAACCUCUAUGAGCAGUUCCACAGAAUGGCCAACCUCUACUUCCUCUUCGUCAUCCUCUUGCAGACCAUCCCUGAGAUCUCCACACUGCCUUGGUACACUCUGCUCUUCCCCCUCAGCAUCCUGCUCUGCAUCCGGGGCCUGCGGGACCUGAUCCAUGACAUCGGUCGUCACCAAAGUGACAGAAAGAUCAACAGCAGGCCCUGUGAAAUCCUCUCUGGGAAGAGGUUCCUCUGGCAGCAGUGGUCUCACAUCUGCGUGGGGGACAUCGUGAGGCUGCGCAAGGACAGCUUCGUGCCAGCUGACAUGCUCCUGCUGUGCAGCUCGGAGCCCAGCAGCCUGUGCUAUGUGGAGACAGCUGAGAUCGAUGGGGAAACAAACCUGAAGUUCAGACAAGCUCUUCUGGUCACCCACCAGGAGCUGGGGAGUGAGGAGAGCUUGGCUGCCUUUGAUGGGAGGGUGAGCUGUGAGGAGCCCAGCAGCCGCAUGCACAGCUUCACAGGCAGCCUGGAGUGGAGGGGGCAGAGCUUCCCCCUGGACAGUGAAAGGAUCCUGCUGCGGGGCUGCAGGCUGCGCAACACCGACCUCUGCUACGGCCUGGUGCUCUAUGCAGGGUUUGACUCCAAAAUUAUGAGGAACUGUGGGAAGAUCCAGAGGAAGAAGACCAAGCUGGAGCGGCUGCUGGACCGGCUGGUGGUCAUCAUCUUCCUGGUGCUGCUGCUCACCUCGCUCUGCCUCGCCCUCGCCUCUGGCUUCUGGGCCAAGACGUUCCAGAUGGACCACAGCUACCUCUCUGCUCUCUACAAGCACACCACUCCUGCCCAGCAGGCCUUCUUCAGCUUCUGGGGCUUCACAAUCCUUCUGAGCAUCAUCAUCCCCAUGUCCAUGUACAUCACGUUUGAAUUUGUCUACCUGGUGAACAGCUUUUUCAUCAACUGGGAUCUGGAGAUGUACUACCCUGUGAAGGACAUCCCAGCACAGGCCAGGAGCACCAGCCUCAAUGACCAGCUUGGCCAGAUUGAGUACAUCUUCUCAGACAAGACUGGCACCUUGACCCAGAAUGUGAUGACCUUCAAGAAAUGCUGCAUCAAUGGCACCAUCUAUGGAGCUCCUGGUGCAGACAGGGGCCAGGAGACCAAGCAGCCACUGGGGUUGGGGUUGACCUGCAGACAACAGGAGGAGAAGAAGUUGGACUUCUGCAAUGUGACUCUGCUGGAAGCUGCCCAGCAGGACACUGACCCUGUGCUGAGGGAGUUCCUGAGGCUGCUGGCCCUGUGCCACACUGUGAUGGUGGAGGAGAAGGGCGACCAGCUGGUUUACCAGGCAGCUUCCCCAGAUGAAGAAGCCCUGGUGCUGGCAGCCAGGGACCUGGGGUACGUGUUCCUGGGACGGACACAGGACACCAUCACCAUCAGUGAGCUGGGGGUGAGGAGGACUUACAAGGUCCUGGCCAUGCUGGACUUCAGCAGUGACCGCAGGAGGAUGUCAGUGCUGGUGCGAGACCCCCAGGGAACAAUCCGGCUCUACACCAAGGGUGCUGACACUGUCAUCCUGGAGAGGCUGCAGAGGAGGGGCCCCAGGGAGACCUUCACCGAGAUGGCUCUGGAUCACUUUGCCCGGGAGACCCUGAGGACCCUGUGCCUGGCCAGCAAGGAGGUGAGUGAGGAGGAGUACAGCAGCUGGAGCAGGAGGCAGCCCCAGGCCCUGCUGCCCGACCGUGCGCCGGAGCUGCACAGGCUCCAGGAGGAGAUGGAGCAGGACCUGCAGCUGCUUGGGGCCACGGCCAUUGAGGACAAGCUGCAAGAUGGAGUCCCUGAGACCAUCCAGCUGCUGAAACUGGGCAACAUCAAAGUGUGGGUGCUGACAGGAGACAAGCAAGAGACUGCAAUGAACAUUGGCUAUGCCUGCAAGCUGCUCACUGACGACAUGGAGAUCCUGGAGGAGAGGGAGAUCAGUGACAUCCUCCAGGCUUACUGGGAGAGCAACAACAACCUCAGCAGCACCAGAGAAGCCUUCUGCAGUGCCAACCACUCCCCUCAGCACCCAGAGCCUUCAUGCCACAAGAAGAGAGCUCUCAUCAUCAGUGGGGACCUCCUGGACAAGAUCCUGCAGACGGGAGAGGUGCUGAAGGAGCAGGGGAGUCUGCGGCGGUGGCUGGCAGCCUGCAGGGCUCCAGGCAGCCAGGAGCAGGGCAGCCUGGUGGAGAAGGCCUUCGUGGACUUGGCCACCAGCUGCCAGGCUGUGAUCUGCUGCAGGGUGACCCCCAAGCAGAAGGCUCUCAUCGUGCAGCUGGUGAAGAAACACAAGAAUGUCACCACCCUGGCUGUAGGGGACGGCGCCAACGACGUCAACAUGAUCAAAACUGCUGACAUCGGGGUUGGCAUCAGUGGGCUGGAGGGCCUGCAGGCUGUGCAGUGCAGUGAUUAUGCCCUGGCCCAGUUCUGCUUCCUGCAGCGCCUCCUGCUGGUGCACGGCCGCUGGGGCUACCUCCGCGUCUGCAAGUUCCUGCGCUGCUUCUUCUACAAGACCUUUGCUGGCCUCAUGGCCCAGGUCUGGUUCGCCUUCCACAGCGGCUUCACAGCUCAGCCUCUAUAUGAGGGCUGGUUCCUUGCCCUCUACAACAUCUUCUACACUGCCUACCCUGUGCUCUCCAUGGGACUCCUGGAGCAGGAUGUGAGUGCCAAGAAGAGCCUGGAGUUCCCUGAGCUCUACAUGAUUGGGCAGCAAGAUGAACUCUUCAACUACAGAGUGUUUGGUGUCACCUUCCUGCAUGGGGCCAGCACCUCCCUUGCCAGCUUCUACAUCGCCCUCUGGGCCUUCCAGGACCACGUGGGGGGCAGCAAGGCUGUGGGGGACUACGAGACCUUCGCCGUCACCGUGGGCACCUCGGCGCUGCUGUCUGUCCUGGUGGAGUUCAUCCUGGACACCAAAUUCUGGACUGUAUUGUCCUUCCUGAUGGUCACAGCCAGCCUGCUCUUCUUCUGCCUCUUCUCCUUCCUCACCCAAAGUGUUGAUGCCUUCAGGAUAGCUCCUGCUGUCUUCUCCUUCCCAGAUGCCAGCCAGAAUGCCCUGACUGACCCCUACGUGCUGCUGGUGGUCCUCCUGUCCCUGGUGGUGAACACCAUCCCCUCACUCACCAUCCAGCUGUACCACUCCAUGGCAUGCAAGGCAACCAUGCAGCAGAAGAUCUGCUUGAAGGCCAAGCGGGCACCGGAGCCUUCGGUGGAGCUGCGAGCCCACAUCCCCCGCGGCUCCGCCCGGCGCCGCUCCGGCUAUGCCUUCUCGCACCAGGAGGGCUACGCAGGGCUCAUCACCCGCGGGCACAGCCUGCGCACCAGGGCCGCCCGCAGCACCCCCCAGCUCCUGCACCCAGCCACGGCCCCGCCUGUGCCCCCCUUCCCCACGGCCUCGCUGUAG